AUGUUACUAGUAAGAAGGACGAUAAAUGCAUUUCUAGGAUGUAUCCAGUGCAAUCUUACGGUGAUCUGCAUACUGAUUGCUUUUGUCGUAACCAUGUGUGUAGUGUUUGUAUCUGAAUCUGCACCCGUGGAUGGAAUUAUGAACGCUUUUCUACCGUUUUCCAAGAUGGAUCUUGCUACGAAGAGGGACAGGCCUUUUUAUCCGAAUUGUGUGGAUACUCAGGAUUAUUUGUUGAAUCCAUCGUACACCAAGCAGAAUGCCUCGUUUGUCAUGCUAACUAGGAAUGGCGAAUUAGAAGAUGUUAUCAAGACUAUCAACAGCAUAGAAGAGCAUUUCAAUCAGUGGUUCCACUAUCCGUAUGUAUUUUUAAAUAACAAACCAUUUGAAGAGGACUUCAAAGCAAAAGUACGUGAUGUUACAAUGGGCGCAGGUGUAGAAUUUGGGACCAUCGAUGAGAUAUCUUGGAAUUUUCCUAGCAACGUAAAGGAUACGUUUGAGUUUUACAACGCCAUUGAGGAUCAAGGUGAUAGGAGCAUACUUUACGGAAGCUUGGAAUCAUAUCAUAAGAUGUGCCGGUUUUAUUCAGGAUUAUUUUACAAGCACCCGCUAAUACAGAAGUACGAGUGGUAUUGGAGGUUGGAACCCGAUGUGGAGUUCUUCUGUGAUAUUACCUACGAUCCCUUUUGGGAGAUGCUUCGAACUAAUAAGAAAUAUGGGUUCACGAUCAUUAUCCCCGAAUUGUACUGGACAGUUCCAAAUUUGUUUAGACACACUAAAACCUUUAUCAGUCAGAAAGGCGUUAAGCUCGGGUCAUUAUGGAAAUUAUUUACGAAGGACUACAACAUUUUUGAAUCCAAUGACGCAGAGUUACGGGAUUGGAUCAACCAUGAUCUUGAUGCCAAGGCUAAAGUGUCUGAAAAGGUAGCCAUCGAACAGCUGUUGAAAAAGGGGAAUGAUUUGGAAAAGAUAAAUGACGACAAAGAGGGAAUAAUGAACCUGAUAAAUAAGGCUCGCUCUAAAAAGCAUAUCGUAGAAGACAAAUUUUUCAAUGAAGAAUACAAUCUAUGUCAUUUCUGGAGUAAUUUUGAGAUUGCGCGGCUAAGCGUCUUCGAUAAUGACAUUUACAACAGUUUUUUCCAAUACUUGGAAGAAAGUGGCGGAUUUUGGAAGGAGAGAUGGGGGGAUGCUCCCGUCCAUUCUAUAGGACUGUCACUAACUCUGGAUCUAGACGAUGUACAUUACUUUAGGGACAUUGGAUAUAGACACUCCACAAUACAGCAUUGCCCUCAGAAUGCCUUGGGGAAUGAGGAAUUCCCUUACGUGGCUAGUAGCCGAAAAUCCAAACGUAAGAACGUAGUCUAUGACGAGGGUAGGGAUUUCGGAUGUGGUUGUAGAUGCAGGUGCCCCAAGAAGAAACGCGACAUUGAGGAUUCCAUGGGGUUUUGUGUAAAUAUUUGGGUAAAUUUGAUUAACCAACAGAGGGGCCACGAACGCCAAGCUGAAGUACUCAACGGCAAUGAGAUGGAGAGGCACAUUAGGGAAGACUACUUAAAACAGUUCAAAAACUAG